AUGUCAACCGUCCCAAAAGCGCGACAAAGCAACAUCGAGGGCUUGAUCGUAUCGCCCGAUGAAUGGGACUCGUAUCCUGAAAUAUCGCUCUCAACCAUCAAGAAUUGCACGUUCAAAAAUCUCAGCGCGACAACAAACAUCAGCCGGUCUAUUGUGUCAGAAUCAACUGUUAUGCAGGAGGUGGAGUCUUCGCCAAUGUCGUCGGACUUAACAACAGCAAAAGCCAAAUCGAAAAAGGGAAUGCAUAUAGGGCGCUCCACAAUCGAUAAUAGUCAGAUACUCAAUUCGUCGAAUGUGCAGCGUUCUGAGGUGCAUGGCUGCGCAAUCACAGAUUCGACAGUAGACAGAAGCACCUUGAAUAACUGCAAUGUCUCGGCGCAGUCUCAUAUAGAGCGCACAACGGCGAAAACCACCAAAUUUAUCGGCCCGAAACGCGUAGAACGAUCUGAGUUCAGCGAUAGUGUGGUUUUGGGCAAAAGUGCCGUUGAAAGAAGUAUUGUGCGCGGCUCUGUGGUCGCCGGCAAAGCCGUUAUUGAGCGAACAGAACUCAAAACUGCUGUCAUUACGAAAAGUCGUGUGGAGCGAUCCAAGAUUUCGGAUUGUGAUGUUAUGGAUUGUGUGAUCGAGAGAACGGAUUUCCAGGGGAUGAUUUUGCAGUAUGGGAUUUGGAAGAGAGGUGACUUGGUGGGAAGGACUUCGAAUGAACAUGAGGUUGUCAUUAAGCCGAGACAGAAACCAAUGUCUACGCGAGAGCCUGAAGGGUUGUCUGGAUCAGCACCACAGCCUGUGCAGAAUCCAGGGUCUGGUUGGAAGGCGGCUGAAGCGGAACGAGAGAGACUAGGAGUGGAAAGUGACCACGAGCAAGAAGAUCCGUCACCUGAUGAAUUGGACGAGUCGAGUGAUGAUGAGACAUCUGAUCCAGCUUCGGGUCAUAAAAUGAAGCACAGCCGCCUGAAAAAUAGAGAUCAGUAUACCUCGACAUCGGCAGCAGAUAUCCAUGAUCCUCCACCACCCUAUGAACAGUAG